UACAUGGGGAACGACCGAACUCGAGAGUAUAACUGGUUUACUGUGGUUGGUAACCUAAUUAAUCGUACAUAAUUGGGUGGAAGUGAAAACUAGCCAUAUGAAAAUAAGCUAAUUGCAUGGUUAUGACUAGUGUCAUAAAACUAGAUUAUCGCGUAAAUUUUUCGGGAGAAGUUAAAUAUUGUUGUGCCAGUGAAUUUUGUGCACAAACCUGCGGUUAUGGGAAAUUUUCGGAUGAGAAACUAGCCGUGCGUUAUGAAUCCCGCUGAAUAUAAAUCAAUACUAAAUGAGUAACAGAAAUUGAGCUGUGAUAGUGUAGUGACAAUGAAAAUAAUAUCCCACAAAUGUGAUCUACAAAACUAGUCUAUAAACUAACUUAGGCAUGGAACUGUCUAUCUUGGGUAGGCAUUAAAUAAAGUGCCGAAAGUGAAUGUGAUACGAAGAAGUGGAUAAAGUGCAUUGAAAUCGUGAAUGCUCUGCUGAAUGAUGUUAUCGCAAGUCAGCAAAGUGUUAUUUUAGUUUUAACAGUCACUAUAUUAGGGGUAUACAGAUGACCAUCUCAGCGGAUAUUCAAAUUACGACACGGAGAGGAAUAGUGGUUGAAUCCAGUUAAGAAUACUACAUAACGGUUCUAGUAAAUGGAACGAUAGUAUGGAUUUGAUAUCCCUACCACCGUGCUCCCGACGUUUGGACACGGGGAAAAUGGCAAACGCCAGUGAACAUCAUCAAGGUAUCAUCACUAGCACAAUGGGCGUAACAGGUGGACUUUCGCCAACUACAACGAUAAAGAUCUCUACGAAGUUUCUGAAGCAGACACCUGUCAAAACAGACCGGGAGAUACUGGAGAAUUCUAUGUUAGAGGAUGAUCCGAAUUCCAACACAAUUCACGCAAAUGGAGAGACGAUUGGCUGCGAGUCCGCCGGGACCGAUGGACGGUAUAUCGACGGACAUGCCGGCCUCCACAAACGUCCGCGAUGGGGUCCACAGCACAAAGGAGCGCAGGAGCUAGCGAAACUGUACAGUAGUGGUAAACGAACUCAGGAAAUUGUGUGUGUCUACAUCUGCAUCACGCUGAUGGUCAUUAAUCUGUUUCUCAUCCUGAAACACUUUCGCAUCGAGCGAAUCAGCAAAAUAGUGGCAGCAGCCGCUUUCGGCAUCCUCACGGCCGACUUUGGUUCCGGGCUGGUGCACUGGGGGGCAGACACGUGGGGAUCGGUGGAUUUGCCGAUCCUCGGCAAGAACUUUCUCCGCCCCUUCCGCGAGCAUCACAUCGAUCCGACGUCCAUCACGAGGCACGAUUUCAUCGAGACUAAUGGGGAUAACUUUAUGGUUGCGCUGCCCAUACUCGGGAAAUUGGCGUGGAACUUUUUCACACGGUCCAACGCGGAAAUCCAGCAGGAGUACGUGAUGAGCGCUUAUUUGUUUCUCUGUUCCAUUUUUAUCGCAAUGACAAAUCAGAUUCAUAAAUGGUCCCACACUUACUGGGACCUACCGAAAUGGGUGCUAUUUUUACAGAAUCAUCACAUCAUUUUGCCGAGGAGACAUCACCGGAUUCACCAUGUGGCACCGCAUGAAACGUAUUUCUGCAUUACAACGGGGUGGCUCAACUGGCCGCUGGAAAAGCUUCGGUUCUGGUCGACACUGGAGACGGUUAUCGAAACGUGCACCGGUCACAAACCUCGAGCGGAUGACUUCCAGUGGGCCCAAAAGAGGAUAUGAUCGAAACGAGUCGUUCAUUUUCUAGUCACUAAAAUGUGUCAUUUUGUUUCUUAGCUCGUUUAUGUUAGGAAAGAGGAUUUUUGGGGCACACCUAGUGGUAGAUCUAUUCAAAUCGGAAAGGCAUCGUGAACAUUCUUCGCUCCAUCAGAAACAUAGCAGAAUAAGAUAGCUGUUUUUGACGAAUUUUGUCUGUAGAGCUUAUUCAGGAUCAUAUAACGAAAAUUCACAAGUAACAGAUGAUUUUGAUUCAAAUGAAAACAUUUCAUAUUCCAAUCAAUUCAGCAAAACCUGGUUUGGUAAUAGAAUUUGAUAUGAGCGGUAAAGCGUGCUGCAGUAUUUAGAGUAGCACAUAUAUACGAUAAAUUUAAGAGAAUCAGCAUAGCUAGCCUUACUUCACUCACAAGCUUGGAAAUGAAUGUGGAGCGAUAGGAACUAAAUGAAAUUUAGCAUUCAUUCUUGCUGGAAAAUGUUCCACACCUCUUUGCCGAUCUAGGCUUGCCGGACGAACCGUAAAUAGAAUUUAAGGUUUUUGUUAUUUUCAAACCUCAUACAAAGCUGCACUAUUGCAUCAAUUUUAUCAUACGUGAAAACUUGUAUGUACCAGCUUGUUUACGUCAACUGGCACAUGCCGAAAGAGGAAAAAUUUGUUGCUCAGUAGCAUAAGUUCGUAGGAUCAUUUAAUCAUUCAAGCACCUCAAUGCCGAACACUGACAAAAGCUUCUUGUCCGUUUUGUUGUUCUGCUGUAAAAGGUAGUUUGGGGUGAAAUACCCAAGUUUGCAUAUGUAUCAGAGCAGUUGGAAGUACUACCGUGUGAUGUGUUUAAUUUGAACCGAGCAAGGGCAUACAAUAUCAGGUUGUUGACUCUUGAUGGGCAGAAUUUAAACUAUUGAUGCCAAUGUUUUGAUGUUACAUUUCAAUGCGGAGGUUGACACCAAAAUUUGGUGAUUUAGAUUUUGGAGUUGUCCAAAAUGCUGAAAGUUCAGCAUUCAAAUUUUUCGAUAAUAGCGGUUUUAAACACCUCUUUUUAGGGGUUAGAAAAAUUUCUAUUUGAAAAAUCUCUAAACCUAUGCGAUGGGUUGGGAAUCGAGCCCAGGUGAGCUUCGUACAAGACAAUCGAUUUAUCAACUACGCUAUGCCCGAUCCUAAGCUUGUUUUAGCUAACUCCCGCUUCCCCAUAUGUCACAAAAUGUCACAUUUUGUUAUACCCCCCCCCCCUCUCCCUAAAGCGUUACGUACUGUAUGAAUGGCCCCUUACGCAGUCAACUUGUCAAAUCGAUUGCUGAAUUUUUAGCAAGGAAAAUCUGUCAAAUGGUCAAAUUCGAAUUACUGAUCUUUCAGCAUUUUGGAUUACGGAAUUCUUAUCACCAAAUUAUAGUGUGAGUCUUUUUGUGUGCGCAGACCACGCAGACGAUUUUUGGCGUAUACAGUACAAUUAUUAUGCUGCCUCUAAGAGCUUUUGCUGGCCGAGGCUAGAAUACAUGAUCUAGUUUAUGACACUAGAUCCUUAUCGCGAUACCACCAGACCGAAACAUUCAUAUCGAUAUUUAUAAUGAAGACACGAUUGUGAGACUACGCGUGAAAUGAAUGUAAAUAUCCGAGCAAACAAUUUUUUAUAUUUUUGUAUUUGGAUUAUUUUCAGUUGAAAUAAGUUUAGUAUUCAGAAGACCUAUGAAUUUGGCUUCAAGCUUUGAAUCAAAAACGCUUUAUAAACAUCUAUGCUCCAAGUAGUCCGCUCAAUGGUGGAGAUAUCCCGGUUGACGGUAGCUAUCGUUCUGAAUCAUUAAAUAAAACCACAAAAACAGAAACUGACAAACACAAGAAAUCGGUCCCUUAACUGGUAAAUAGUUAAUGCAACACUUGCUUCAGAAUAAAUUGCGCAUAAGACAUCGAAGGGGUGACAGAGUGAUCUGUGCAAUGGUUUGAGGUUUGCGGUUGCAAUGCAUUGAAUAAUGUUAAAAUGUGUAUAUUACUCUGCACUGCACGUGUUGCCGAAACGACCACAAAACAGCAUCUGUUUUUCGGAGAAAUUUGCGUUGCACAAACUUAUGAGUUCCAUAUAGCCAGUAGGGCAGUGCAGCAAGACAACUUCGCACAACAAAAGCAAAUAAAUCCGUUUGUCCACAGCUCGCAACACAGAUCAACAUAUAAUGAAAGAAAAAAAUACUAACAUAACAGUACAAUCAAAAGCAUAACUACUGCUAUCUAACACACAACAAAUUUACAAUGCUAGUUGAAGGCCUGCUUUAGCGGAAAACUUUGCAAUACAUUGAAAAAGAACCAAGAAACCACAAAGAAUCGACUAUACAAAAACUACUUUUUGUAUCAAAUAUGAGCAGUAUGGUUACCACGUUGAUAGUUACAUAUUUUGACAAAGAUAGUAUAUAUUUUCUAAAGUUUGCAUGCACUGAAUUUUUGGAAUAUAUUUCAUAUAUGAUGGCAGAAAACCAGGAUGUAUUAAAGAUAUAAAAUGUUAGUCUACAGAUAGAAUGAUAAUUGAGUAUUUAUUUGCAUUCAAUUGAAAAAGGUGGAAAAAGAAAUUAUAUUUUGCGCACACGUGGUAUGCCAAAAAUGAAAGAAGCUACUGUCUUAUGCGCGUGUGAUAGGUGUAUUUCUUUUUGGAAAAGGAGAUAUUGAUUGAAAGAACGGCUUAUUUGAUAAAAAAGCGAAUACCAUUUCUAAUUUAAUUUACGUGAAUCUGCAUACCAGAGCUAUUUAUCGCAAAGCGCCUCCUGAAAAAGCCAACAUGCACAUUAAAUUGUAAGACAGAACGAAAUAAAAAGAGUUGACACAAAACAUUGCGCUUACAAAUAACAUAUAAGAAGCAAUCCAAUGCCUACGGUCCUGUUUGAUUAUAAC